AUGGAUGCGUUGAAUUCGAGAGAGCAACAGGAAUUUCAGAGAGUUGUGGAGCAGAAGCAGAUGAAGGACUUCAUGCGCCUUUACUCGAAUUUGGUUGAGAGGUGCUUCAGUGACUGUGUCAACGACUUCACUUCCUCCAAAUUGACCUCCAAGGAACAGACGUGCAUCAUGAGAUGCUCCGAGAAGUUCUUGAAGCACAGCGAACGGGUGGGCCAGCGGUUCCAGGAACAGAACGCUGCGUUGAACCAGAGCAUGGGCCGCUAA